AUGAAAGCUGCUGCACAAAUUAUUGAGGCUUCCGAAGGCCAUGUGCCCGAUGACCUGAAUUGGGAUCCCCUGACGAUGAGCUAUGGCGAGAAUGGUCUGCCGAGCGACGCGAUCGAGCUUCCGCCGGAACUGAUGAUGAACCUCGUAGGCCCUGGCCUUGCAGCGGUCCGAGCAGCCCAACGACCGCCACCUCCCGCAGCACCAUUGGCUCCAUCCCAGGAGCGUGCAAGGAAACGCUUGCAGCAGAGAAAGGAGGCCGCUGCCCGGGAAGCUGCCGAAAAAGCAGAGACCCAAGAGAAGCAGGCAGAGGAAGUAUUGGAUGAGUCCUGGAUCGAUCAGAUGGAGCAGAAGAAUGCCAAAAAGAAGGCAAACCAAGAAAAGGCAGCUCAAAUCCGCAAAGAACGCAAGAAGGCCAAGAAAGCAGACGCUGUUGCAAAGCAGGAGGCAUUGGAGGUAGCAGAAGCAGAGGACGUCAAAGAAGAUGCCGAAGCUGAGGUAGAGGAUGAACCGGAGGAGGAACAGGCUGAAGAUCCGAUCGACGAGGAGGAGGAGGACACGCAGUUUGUGGAGCAGUCGAAGCAGCGCCGCAAGCGACAGGCCAAGCAGGCCAAGAAGCUUGCAGAGGAAAAAAUACGUCAGGAGGAGGAGGAGCAGCGCCAGAAAUUGGAAGCAGCAUUGCGCGAGAGAAGAGAAGCUGAUCAGAGAAGAAAGGCACAGGAGGAGCAGGACCGCUUGGAACAAGAGCACCAACAAAGGCUGCAACGGGAGGCAGAGCAGGCAGAAUUGCGCCGCAAGGCCGAGAAGGAAGCCGAGCUGAAGAAAGAAGAGGAGGAGCGCCAGGAGCGCCAGAAGGAAGAGAAGCGCAAGCGUGAGGAAGAGGAGAAAGAGCGCCAGAGGCAAGCUGAGGAGGAAGAGCGGAAGCGACAGGAGAAGGCCGAAAAGAUCAAGGAGGAACAAGCCGCUGAGACGAAGGAAGCGGAGGAGCUGGGGCGCGAGCAGGUCAAGCAGAAGGCGGCAGAAGAGCGCCGUCGAGCUGAGGAGUUUCAGGAAGCUAUGGCACAACGGGACGCAGAGAGAUCACGACGCGGAGGAAGGGAUAGAAGAUCGCAGGCCAAUUCUGAGCAUCAGGAGAGUGAACAGCCACCACAGGUGAAGUCCCUACGCCAGACGCUGACUCCUUCCCAGCUCCGGCGUCAACAGCGUAAGCGCCAAAAAGAGGCGAGGCGAGCAGCGGAGGCAGCCGAGGCUGAAGCAACCGGGGGCCACAAGGGAAACCACAGUGACAAAGAAGACAGUGAGGAGGACUUUGUCGAAGAGGAGAAGCCAAAGCCAUCCGAGCGGAAGCAGCACGAGCGCCAUCCGAGGAAGGAGCGAGAGAAAGCUGAGACAAGGGCGCAGCAGGUCGAAAGAAACUCUUCGGACGAGAAGGCAGAUUCCAGGCGAGGUAGCAAAGAAGAUGCGAAGACACCCGAGGCCAGAACUAGCAGCCCGCCGCGGGAAGAAGCGCAAGAGAUGCUGCCUGGUGCCAGCACGCCCGAGAGACAGGAGUCCGAGGAGCUGGAGAAGCCGGAAACCGCCGCGGCCAAGGAGUUGAGGUCGGAUGCCGAGGCAUUCACUCUUUCCGGGUCCAGUCAGGCAUUUGGCCGACGCAAGCGGUCGCAGGAUAUGCAGGACGAGCAGACUCUGAUGCAAUCGAUGAUGCCCAUCACAACGCUGAUGAUCUCGCAGAUUCCAGACCACAUGGAUGCCGAUACCUUCCGGCGACAGCUGGACACGUGGGGCUUCGUUGGAACCUACAACUUCUUUUACAUGCCUCCGGAGCCCUCCGAGGGUUGGGGUGGCAGAUGUGUCUUCAUCAACUUCGAAGACCAGGCGGUUGCCAGCAUGUGCCUAAGCUACUUCCAGCAGUGCCCGAGUGAGGGUGUGGCCCAGCCAUACAGCAUCCAGGGCCUGGAGAACAACAUCGCACACUUCAGUCAGUUUGUGGGGUCGGGUGAUAUGGUGAACGGCCCGCUGAUCGUUCCCACGCCCACGCCCGCGGCCUGGGCCAUCAACGGUGCGCAGGCAAUGAUGAAUAAUCCUUCAGGCAAGUUUUCCCCACAGAUCCGUGGACAGUUCCACAAGACCAAGAUGUGUGCCUUCCACAAGAAGAAGAAGUGCACAAUGGGUGUCGGCUGUCCUUUCGCGCACUCCAGAGAAGAGCUCAAUGCACCUCCAGAUCUUUCGAAGACGAAGCUUUGUGUCAACUUCUUUAGAAAGAAGUGCAACGAUGCCAACUGCAAGUUUGCACACGGGCACGCUGAGCUGCGUGCUACGGGCAGUGUCUACAAGACAGAGCUUUGCCGAGCGUGGGCAGCCAACAACUGCAAGGCUGGUGACACAUGCCGCUAUGCGCAUGGAGUGAAGGAGUUGAGGGGAGGCAUGUCCGCGGCCGGAAACGCAAUGGCAUUCAUGGGCUACGGCAUGGAGGAGGAGUACAACAUGGCCCUAGACGGAGUGCAGAUGGGCUGCGAUGUAAUGGGCGGCUUGACCGGUAUUUGGGAGAACGAAGCAGCAGCUAUGCAGCACUACUCGAACUUCGGGGCGGUGUCGUCAACAUUAGCAGGAGACCGACGAGAUCGAAACGGUUUACCGUUCCGCAGCAUUUCGUCGGGCCAACCUCAGGAUGGCACAUCCGACCCAUUCAAUGACACCAUGAGCGACAUGGGAUUGUCAGACACGUCAACGCUGUGUCCGGGAGACGGCAAGCUAAGUCGGCAGCAGACGGCUCCUCCAACUGCGUCAUUUCCAGCUGAGGUGUCGAAUGCCGGAUGCGAGCCGAAGCGAAAGGUGGUUUUGCGAGUAAAAGGCACCUUCAUGGAGUCUGUAUUCCUUGAUGAGGAAGUAGAAAAGAUGCCUUUGCGCCGCUCUUGGAGUGAUGGUGACCUACCACAGCUCCAGGACAUCGAAGGCGAGCAGGAACUCUGA